ACUCUUUUUCAGGGUGGUGUUACAAUGCACUUUGGGCUGUACCAUAGGCACAUUAGGAAACAUCCAUAAUCAUGAGGCAUGCUGUGUGACGCUUGGACACAAUUCAAAACAAAACAGUGCGCUGACAGACUCGUAUGGUAGUGUAAUGAGAGGAUUUAUAAGAUAAAGGCACAAGUUAAAUUCAGAAACACAGACGACCAAAACAAAGUUGUUGCUGAUCAGCAUAGGCAUUGGAGGACAUUUAAGUGAGAAGACGCUGUUUUUUGCAAACACAGGAAUGAGCACUGCCAAAGUCAUGCCAGUGGACCUGGCCAUGCAUAUGUGCCUGAAUCGCCACCCUUCAGUGGAACAACUUUUGGGAAUGUCCACGCUUAGAUCCCAUCGUGCUCUUACUAGACCAAGCAUAUAUGAUACCCUGCGGUCCAAAGCUUCUAGAUCCCCCCAGAUUCCUGAAUGUCCAGUGAGAGCUCAAAACUGUACGAGUCCUUGUGGGACACUGAAGAAGAAAAAACGAGUGGUAUUCGCAGAUGAUAAAGGACUGGCCCUCACUGCAGUCCGGAUCUUCGAUUCAGAUCCACCAAUAUCCGAUGAAGAGGAGCUUUCUCCACCUGUCAAGCAAAAGACUGAUUUGUCUGUGCAAAGCAAGAAGCCUCGUUUCCGGUUGGGGUUCCCUCAGCCUUCUGCUGAUUUACCAUCAUUCCUGGAAAAACUGGCAAAAACUCUGGUGCAUCUGGAGAGCUGCAGUUUGGUGUAUGGAUCACUGUUCGGAAAGGUGAGGGUCUGCAAUAUCAGUCCAGAGAAAGCUGUGCAUAUUCGCAUCACGUACGACUCAUGGAGAAGCCACCAGGACAUCCCAUGUACCCCUAUCCAACAGAAGAAUGAGAAUUCAGACACAGAACUGUUUUUCUUUAACGUUCCCGUCCCUUCCUGUCCUAACACACAGGAUCGUCUGGAAUUCUGCGUGUCCUUCCGUCCUGGAUCUGGCAACAAACUUUGGUGGGACAGCAAUGAUGGACGAAACUAUCGAAUCCUUAUGGAGGACGUGAACUCAGAAGAAGCAUCCUUGGUUGAGAAAAAACCCUUGAGGCCACAUAUCUUUCAAAGUCCCCAAUCAGUUCCCCUGAGAAAUGGUCCAACUUUAUAUAAGUCAGCAAAUUUUAGCUCACUCAUUUCCCCCAUGAAUAUGAAGAAGACCAUGAGUAGGCAAUAGAACAUUAUCCCUAAAAUUAAUUCACUCUCUUAUUCUAACAAUGCUGACAAAUACUUCUAGCAUGAGUGGUGGGUUUUGUGUAUAUUGGUCCAUUAUCAUCUUCAUCGUCCUCCAUGUUGGAUGAAUUUUGUCUUAAACAGACAUCAAGAAGGAACAAAAAGACUGACAGACACCCAUGCUUGUGCUAGUUCUCUCCACUGCAACUCGCCCAUUUGAGUCAGUGACAAGUCAGUGGUGAAAGAGUGAGACAGAUGUGUCUCUCUAGAGCUUUGUGCACUUGUAUAUCAGAUGAGUAUCUGUUAUGAAAACAAGCAUCAGCACUUUCUCAUCAAGGUCAACCAAUUUCAAGCUGUGAGGGUCUUUCACUGCUUGUGAGAUAGUUGUACAAAGACAGAUAAUUAAUGAAGCUGUAUGUGUGAAAUGCAUGUAAUAUAACUGUUUCAAUGUUAUUUAUGUAUAUUUAUUUAUGACAAAUUAAUAUUAUAAGCACAAAUAAAUGUGUAUUUAUUAAACCAUA